AUGCUAAAAGGCUCGGUUUUAUUCGUAGACAAUGUUAACAAAAUAAAAUUUCACCAAUUUUCUUCUGAGGAUGAUCUUGAGAAAAUUAUGCAUUUGAUGACGAGGGAACUUUCUGAGCCUUACUCUAUCUACACUUACAGAUUUUUUAUAUACAACUGGCCGAAAUUUUGCGUUAUUGCUACUGAUGAAUCCGGGGGCUGUAUCGCUGCCAUUGUAUGUGGAAUGGACUUAUCAAAGCAAUGUAGGAAGGGUUAUAUUGCUAUGCUUGCCGUAGAAGAAAAGUAUCGCCGAUUAGGAAUAGGCUCUAGACUUGUAAUUAUUGCCAUUAAGCUAAUGAUAAGAGAAGGUUGUGACGAGGUCGUCUUAGAAACUGAGGUGACGAACGCAGCAGCCAUCUCUUUGUACGAAAGACUAGGUUUCUCUAGAAAUAAAAGGCUCUUUCGGUACUAUCUUAACGGAGUGGAUGCUUUUCAAUUAAAAUUGUGGCUCACUCCUAGUUACAGUUUGGCGGUACAUUGA